GGCUAGGUAAAGAUUGCCUUCUCAGUUACUCAUGCAAGAACGAUUACUUUUGUAAACAAUCUGCAAGCGUUGACAAAAUUGGCCCGGCUUAAAAACCUGAGAUUAAAAACCAUUUCGAGUAAUUAGCAAAUAACAAUGUAUUCGCUUCUCCACAAAGAAGAAUCUGCACACGAGGAGAGCAUUUGGGCCUGCUCAUGGGGUCGCAUCAAGCAGAACCCCGACUCGGAGGAUCACGACAAAGAUGAGGAUGCGGAAAAUUCGAACGAUUCCUUCAACCUCAAGCAAUCGGCGGAAUAUCGGGACUUUGUUGUGACUAGCGGUUUGGACGACCGGGUAAAAGUGUGGGAUGUAACGGCGAACAAUCAGCUGAAGCUACGAAACACCUUCACCGGACACUCCCUGGGUGUUGUUUCCGUGGAUGUUAGCUCGAGUGGAGAAGUGAUUGCCAGCAGCUCCCUAGAUUCUGGCUUGUGUAUUUGGAAGGCUCAAACUGGUCAACUUCUGAAUCAAAUUGCUCUUGGACCAGUUGACCUGUGGACGGUCGCAUUCUCACCCUGCGAUAAGUACAUUAUAUCCGGUUCACAUGAAGGUAAAAUUUCGCUGUACAAUGUGGAGACCGGAAAACCGGAACAGGUGUUGGACCCCCAGAACGGAAAGUUUACCCUUAGCAUCGCUUACAGUCCUGAUGGCAAAUACAUAGCAAGUGGUGCAAUCGACGGUAUUAUCAACAUAUUCGACGUGGCGGCCGGGAAAGUAGCCCAAACACUGGAAGGUCACGCCAUGUCGGUAAGAAGUCUGUGUUUUUCGCCUGAUUCGCAAAUGUUGCUGACCGCUUCGGAUGACGGACAUAUGAAGUUGUACGACGUCGCCCACUCGGAUGUUGUCGGAACGCUAUCCGGCCAUUCGUCGUGGGUGCUGGCUGUAUCAUUUUCCGGUGAUGGAAAAAGCUUCGCAUCAUCUUCUAGCGAUAAAACGGUCAAGUUGUGGAAUGUAGCAGAGCGCCAAUGUUUGCACACAUUCAACGAUCAUACGGAUCAGGUUUGGGGUGUCAAGUAUAGCCCCGAUAGCUCUAAAGUGGUGUCUGUUUCGGAAGAUAAAUCUGUAAAUUUAUACGAUUGCCCUCCGAAUAUAAUUUAAUUGCUCUAUUGAGAAUAAA